ACGUUUGGCCCUCGUGGACCCCCGUACCCCCGCGAUGGCGGCGUUCGCGCGGCGCAAGGCGCAGCGGCUCGCGCGGCCCGAUCCCAGCCGGAAGCGCGCGCUAGACGCGCGCGCCGCGGGGCUCGUGCGGCUCCUGAACGCUCGCGAGCGGUUCUGCACCACGAGCUCGUGCGACGGGAGGGUCGUCCUGGCGGACACGGACGGCACGGGGAUCCAGAAGAAGAACUGCACGUGGCUCCUGGUAACGCAUGACCCGUGUGUCAAAGGCGAUGUGAUGACAGCACUAGAGAAAGCCACUGGUGAUGUUGUGUUCAAGUUUGAACCAUUUGUUCUUCAUGUGCUGUGUCAGGAACUGCAGGAUGCACAGAUGCUGCAUUCAGUGGCUGUUGACUCUGGGUUCAGGAACUCUGGUAUUACAGUUGGCAGAGGAGGAAAAAUUACAAUGGCUGUGCGGAGCACUCACUGCUUAGAAGUUCCAUUGAGCCACAAAGGGAGAUUGAUGGUCUCUGAAGAAUAUAUUGAAUUUCUGGUACAUGUAGCCAAUCAGAAAAUGGAAGAAAACAUAAGGAGGAUUGACAGAUUCCACAAAGGCUUGGAGUUGGCUCUGGAAGCUGCUGUCCCUGCAGACACCUUGUCUCCUGAGGGGCCAGAGAAGAGCCACUCUGUGUACGUGCACAGAAGAAAGAGACGGACUGCUCAGGAACAGGCCAAUCUCAGUGGAGAGCUAAAACCCCAGGAUGAUACUGAAAGCAGUCUUGAUCUGUUUGCUGAAAUCAUGAUAUAGACUAAGACAUUUGAAAGCAAAUGGCAAACUGAAAAAUUAUUUUAAUGCUCUUUUUAAGAGAUUUGUGUACUCCUGUGCUCCAAGUAGCAAUACUCUCAUGGACAUUGACCAGAAAAAAGGUAAUUAACAGAAUAGCAAGCAGGUGUAGCUACAGGACACCGAGAACAGAGCCGUAGAAUGUUCUGGGGUUUUUCUAACUGUACUCUUGAAUUAACAAAAUGGUACUCCAUCAGUUACCCCGGAAAUAACUGGUUUGCUGCAGCCGUUUGCUGUGUUCUCUGUGGCAGCAUUUCACUGCCAACUUCCUAGGUUUUGCAGAGCAGAGAAAUCUAAAAUUUGCGUUUUUAUCCCUGAGGAUUGUUAUUCCCUGGAGGACCUCUGUAGACCAGCAUGCACCAACACAGCUAGACCUUCCCAACAGCACAGGGCUGGCUGUUAGUCACCUGCAGAGCAUACCUAGAGAAGAGGUUAGGACAGAACAGCAGGAGUUGGGUACUUCUCUGUGCCAGUCUCAGCUGGGCGCAUCCAGAUCUCUCCUGGCUGCUGCACCAGCGGCUGCUGUUUCCCUUCUCUUUGCUGUGUUUUGGGCUCCAGCCUCACUGUUGUUUGUGUGCUCCAAUUCCCAAGCAACUGGUCACUCAGUGCCAUUCUUCCUUGCCCCUGUAGACAUCUCUGUGUUCCAGUGCCCAUUUUCCUCACACACCCCUCACGCUCUGCAGCCAGCACCCAGCUCUGCUCCAGCUGCCAGCACAAAGUCAUCUCAAGGGCUGAGCUGGGCUGUGAACCACCUGACUAAUAACUGUUAAAUACAAACAGUGCAGCACUGUGUGCAUUCCUCGUUAUGCAAAGGCAACUCCAUGCUUAUGCAUUUUUCAGAAAAAUGCUGGUUUUAAACCUUAGCAACAAUGAAUUCCAAACUGCAGGUUUCUCCUUCAGGGAGGGGAAGAGGUGCUGGGGACAAAUAUUGAAGACUGAAGACCAUCCAGUUGUGAGACAGCCAAUACAUGAGGUGGAAAUUCCACAGAAACCUUCCAAAGUAGCAGCGUGUGCACUGGUCUCAGACCUUGUGUGCACUGGGCAGACCAGCUAAAGUAGGACUCAGCGCAGGGGCAUCAUUUCUAACAGUGCAGAGCUAUUGGCCAGGAGCUAUGUGAACAAAACUGGAGUCCCACAGCCCAUGGGGCAGCAGGCAGGUGGUGGGAGCAGCCACGGGUCCCACAGCAGGGCAAGGCACAGCAACUCCUCAGGUGUGGGGACAUGGCUUCUGCCACAAGCAUUACUGAAGCCUUGUCAGGAUGGGGGCUUGUGUCAGACCUUUGCAGUCACGGUUUUUCACAGACCUUCUUCCACCUGGGCUGAACUGAAAUCCCAGGGCUUCUUCCAUCAACAAAAAGCGACAUCUGCCUCCAUGCAGAGGGUCCUGCCCAGCCUGCUGCCUCAGCAAAGCCCUGGGGAGCCCCUGUUGCUAUCCCCACUGCUGGGAGUCCCACUAUUCCUGCAGAUCCCUCCUCACCACCUGGAGGGCAGGUCUUGCACACAGAGGAGGUAGUUGUUGCUUGUGGAUUUCAGGAAGUUCAUUCAGAAUAGUCUGAACCCUCAUCUGCAUGUGACAUUUCUUAAAACAUCUGUUGCUGGUCUGUUGGACAUGGCUCAAGGGACUGACGACACCAGCACCGACCACAAGUGGUGCCCAGACACUGUAACAGCCCAGAUCCUCACAGUGUGUAAAAGCACGACAGUGUUUACAUUCUGAGAAAUACAGUUUGUCAGAAACUGAUGUGUGAUAUGAUCCCACAUUCCUCUGAACAGUAAUACAAAAUUCAGGAAGACUUUUUGGCAUCUUAACACAAAAAUGUUACCCUAACCGUUGGCAUCUUGUUACUUUAUUCCCAUCAUCUCCAAUGGUUGAAGACUGUUGGGGGCCUCAUACUAAAAAAAAAACUAAACAAGACCCUACAACAAGAAAAAUAAACAGAGAAAGAUCAGGGAAACAUGUUACUUCAGUGCUUAAAAUGUAGAACAGUUUUUACAAGGUUUUUCUGAGGUUUUUCUGUACCCCAUCCAAGGCUGCAGAGGGUGAUGCUGAGGUGGUUUCACCACCUUACUGUUCUGGGAAGAGGCAGAGCCCCAGUGAUGCCUUCCUCCAUGCACCAGUGCACUUACACUGGGGGAUCACCACACCUUGCCCCAGGCUCACCCAAGUUCCACUAGCUCGUUUUGAAGUUAAUUUUGCCAAGCUGUGUUUCAUUUCCAGCUGCUGUAUGCAAUUCUGUUGGGCGGUAAAUGUGCAGAGCACAGGCAGCCAUUGGGCAGAGCAUCCACAGGCAGCUGGAGGCAGCACCCCUGAAAGGGGAUUCUUGGGGUUGUGGGUGAAGGGAAAUUCACCAAUAAGCAACAAGACUCCAAAAACUGUCAAAUCUUUACCGUUUGUAACUGUGCUUAAGCAGUUAAUGAACCUAAAAGGUAUUUUUAUAUUUUCUCUCUCUGUGUUAAUUUUUUUAAAAUUACAAUUUCACUCCCUGUGCACUCAGUUGUUUCAGGGGAGGCAGAUGGGUUCAUUCACUCCAGGAACUGAUUGUCAUUUCUCACCCCAUAGCAUUUUGCAUCCACACCAGGAAACUGCUCAAUUCAAUGCUGCAGCAUUCCCAGCUGGUUGUGCCACAGGUUCCAAGCCAGUUGUGCUCCCCAGCACAUCCAUGCACUUGGGCACAAAGUCACUUGACAGAUUCACUGGGAUAAUUCUGUACAUGCAAAUCACAGAUGUCAGGAGCACAAGUAUUUGCUUGAAAUAGCUUCUUCCUCUGAAAUUCAGGUACUUAAACUGGUUUACAAGAGCAGGGCGGUGACAGCUGCAGAGUGCAGUGAAAAUCAGUGUUUUCACAUGGGGUUAAACCUCUCCAGACUGGGGCAGUUUUGCAGCUCUUAGCCUCCACUCCUGCCAGGGCUUCACUUGAUUUUAACCAAGUCUCAAUUUAACUUGAAUUUAAUCAGUCUCAAGUUUUUUGAAUUUAUCAUAUUAAAUGUGUCGUGCACUGGAGGCUUUUGCAGCUCUUCAAUAAUUCUGGUUACUGAAAAUACACAAUUACUUGGCAAUAUCUUGUCAAUUCGAUUUUACAUAGUGGGACAUUAUGGGAAACGUUUUUUUACUUCUGAUCUACCCGUAGUUGAAACUACCCCAGUGGAACAUGCUGGGAUGUUUUGUGAGAGAACCUGUGAAAAGUAAUUUGAGUCUUUAAAAAAUUGCAUAAAUGCUUACAUUUCC